GACGUACAGAGCUCAGAGUACAGAAGGAACAAGAGCAGCCAGAGCAGAGUCAGAAGAGCCGACAGGAGCCGACAGGAGCCGACAGGAGCCGACAGGAGCCGACAGGAGCAGGAGGAUGAAGACGUCUGUGAAGCUCUUGACUCUGGUGGUUCUGUUCGUCUGCGUCCACUCAGCUGCUGGUCUGCAGUGCCGGUCCUGUGGAGGUUCUUCGUGUUCUUCUCAGACGUCACAGAUCUGCUCGUCGGGACAGAGCCAGUGUGUCUCCAGGACUUACGCCGGCUCCUACGAUUAUGGAGACUACAGUUACACCUACAACUACACCUAUAAAGGCUGUGCUUCUGCUUCAGACUGUACAGCUGCAGGGUCUGAGUUUGUUUCAUAUAAUUAUGGCCCCAACACUUAUGCUGUAAACACCACGUGCUGCGACACAGACAACUGCAACAACCAGAAUCAGCCCAUUGUGGUGCCCCCUGUUGGCUCUCUGCAGUGUUACAGCUGUGAUCCUUACUCUUAUGAAUGCACUGCCAAUGUGACCUGUAACACCCAGGAGGUGUGUGGACAGGCUGUGGUUGACCAGUAUAACCCAUCCCGUCCAUUUUACGGCUGUGUCUCUGAGAAUCUGUGCAACAACACCAGCCUGUCACAACGAUAUUUAAACUUCAGUAGCCCAGUGUCCUGCUGCAGCACUUCCCACUGCAACGUCCCAGAUCUGGGGUUACAGUGUUUGUCGUGCACAGACUCGUCAUGUUCUUCUCAGCGCUCGGUGACCUGCUCCAAACUCGCCCCCUUCUGUUACACUGAUGCCUACGCAGGUUCUUACGAUUAUGGAAGCUACAACUACAGUUGGAUCGAUAAAGGCUGUGCUUCAUCCUCGAUCUGUACAGCUGCAGGGUCUGAGUUUGUUUCUUAUGACACUGGCUCCAGGUCUUACCUCAGAAACUACACAUGCUGCAACACAGACGACUGCAACGCUCCAAACCUGACCAUUCCUGCGCCCCCUGCUGGCUCGCUGCAGUGUUACGGCUGUGACCCAAACACAAAUGAAUGCAGAGCAACUGUGACCUGCAGUGUCCUGGAGACCUGCGCCAACACUUCUGUUGGGAGCUACAGUGUUUAUGGAUGUGUCUCUGAGAAUCUGUGCAACAACCUCACCUUCUCCCAAAGAUACUUGUACACCAACAACCAACCACUGUCCUGCUGCAACACCAGCUACUGCAACGCCCCAUGGACCACCACCACAGAGGCCCCGCCCACAACCACAUACACGACGCCAACCACCACAGAGGCCCGCCCCACAACCACAUACACGACGCCCACACCACCACAGAGGCUCCGCCCACCUCAGAGCCGGAGGAGGAGGACAAGGAUGAGUCUGUGUUCUCAGGAGCAGUGCAGGUUCUGCCUCCAGCUCUGCUCUUGUCUCUGCUGCUGCUCUGUGUUCACAUGUGUCACUUAAAUGUAUAAGGUACUAAACACUGCUGUUUUAAAGCUGCAGUAUGGGACUUUUUUUCCUGUAGUAAACCUACAUAGAUCAUUAUUUUACAGAUUAUUCAUUGUUCAACUGUACGUAAGAACAAAGGUGUGGGUGGGGAAAGGGGAAACUGAAAUUUUCUGAGCUCUCAAGUGUGAAAUGAUUAAAUUAGAAACAACUCUGAAUGAGAUCAUGAGAAAACACUGUUAGAACAGAGUUCAUGUGUUGAUUUAGCAGAAUGUGUUUCUUUAAUAACAAUAAUGUUUUUCUCUGUAGAUUUUUAGUUUGGGGUGUGGAGUGGAGCCAGGUGGUUAAAUCUUUAAUUAUGUCUGUUACAACUUUGAGAUUUUUGCUUUUAAAAUGUAAAGCUGGUGACAAAUAAAAUAUAUUCCUAUUUUUUGUCUUGGGAUUUGUGUGUUAAACGUGUUACAUUGUGACCACCCAGAAGAGCAAUGUCAAUAAGAAUAUGGUUUUCAUGUUUUGUCUGGGAAAUAAAGAUCAA